AUGGCUCCUAAGAUCUUAUUUGUCCUGACCAGCUGUGGCGAGAUGGGCAAUGGCAAACCCACUGGAUGGUAUUUGCCCGAGUUUGCUCGGCCCUACUACUGCCUGGUCGGCGACGAUGAGACCAAUCCAAAGGCUGAAAUUGUCGUGGCCUCUCCUGCGGGGGGUGUGGCGCCCAUCGAUCAAGGCUCCGUCAAGAACUUCCAGAACGACCCCGUCUCGGUCAAGUUCUUCGAGUCCAAGAAGAAGCUGUGGGAGACAACGAAGCCCUUGAAGGAUUUCCUCGGGAAGGCAUCCGAAUUCGACGCCAUCUUUUACCCCGGCGGCCACGGACCCAUGUUUGACCUGGUCAAGGACAAGAACUCUCUCCAGUUAAUUGAAGAGUUCUACAAGGCCGGCAAAACCGUUGCGGCAGUCUGCCAUGGCCCCAUUGUGUUCGUCAAUGCCACUGUGGACGGCAAGCCCCUUCUUGAAGGCCGCAGGGCAACCGGAUUCAGCAACGCCGAGGAGGAUGCUGUUGGUCUGACUGCGGCUAUGCCUGUCCCAUUGGAAGAUGAGGUCAAGCGAGCCGGUGGCAACUACGUCAAGGCCGAGCAGCUUUGGAAGGAGAUGGUGGUGGUGGAUGGGCAGAUCGUCACCGGCCAGAAUCCCGCAUCUGCUCAAGGAGUCGGUGCUGCGUUGGCCACCGCCGUUGGUGGGUACGACCUCUGGAUUCCGCUGCAUGCGUACUGA